GACUGCCAACAAAUGGUUCCGCAACGCAAAUAAUCAUUCCUCGAGUCGUACAGUCCUUUAGGCGGAGUCUUCGAAUGAGCAAUCAGUGUCUUGUCUGAGUUUUCGUUAGUUUAUUUGACUAGUAUUUGAGUGAAAUCAAGCCAACAUGUUAGGCCAACUUGCUCGUACGCUUCGCACGCUCGUCCUGCCUACCAGGGCGUAUUCAAAUGUGGCCGCGGCAAACUUCGCCAAACUGCAGGAGUUGGCAAUGGAGGAGAAAUGUAUCCUGGUUAACGAUCAGGAUCAGUACACAGGCAGCAUAUCGAAGCGGGACUGCCAUCGGGUGGAUGAUGAAGGCAACAUUCGUCUGCAUAGAGCAUUUAGUGUGUUUCUGUUCAACAGUGCUGGUGAUAUGCUGCUCCAACGAAGAACCAUCCACAAGAUAACGUUUCCCGACUGCUUUACCAACGCCUGCUGUAGCCAUCCGCUGUGGGACAUCGAGGGCGAACGGGAGGAACUGAAUGCCCUUGGCAUACGACGCGCCGCCCAACGAAGGCUGAACUACGAGCUCGGUAUUCCGAUGGCUCAGGCGAGGCCAGAAAACUUCCACUACCUCACGCGCAUACACUACGCCGACCGGGGCGACGGUACGUGGGGCGAGCACGAGAUCGACUACAUUCUGUUCUUGCAGAAGGAUGUCGAUCUCAAACCGAACGACUCCGAGGUGAGCGAAGUGCGCUACAUCAGCCGGAAGGAGCUGGACGCUACGAUCGGUAACCUAGAUGCACCGCUGACGCCCUGGUUCCGGCUUAUCCUGCAGCACCGUCUACGGCUCUGGUGGGAUAAUCUGCAUCAGUUGGGAAAAUACGAAAACCACAAACAAAUCGAACGAUUUUAAACGGAUAACUAUACCAAAAUGGGCAUUCGACCACAGGAAAAACCAAGGCAUCGGUGAUCAGCGAAAACUGAGCUGCAAGUGGUUAAGGUGGGGCAAUAUAAUAUAUGAUUUCUCUAUGAUCGUUGUUAUAGUCGUAAGGGUUACCUGUUGUGGAGGAAAAACUUAUACAGAUUUACUUAUUUUUGUAACAAUUUACAGAUGAAAAUGAAUAAACAAUGAAUCUUCAAUCAUAAUUUCA